CGGUCCCGCAACGGCACCGCCAUGACAGUCCGACUCAGAUCCUGCCCGGCCCCAAUGUGGCUUCAAACUUCCGCCUUCCGGAAAACGCAGCGCACCAAUGAGAGUGCAAGGUUCUCCGAAUCCGCCAAUCAGCAGUCAGGAAGGGCGGAGCUCCGGGCGGAAGCGGCCUCCGAGGCUGACGCCAGCAGCAAAGGGGAGGGAGACGGGAAGUAAACAGCAGGCCUCUUCGCCAAUCAGAGCUACAUCUGGCGAGCGACCAAUCUGAAGCCGGUCAGGAGGCGGUUGUUGUGCGCAACCAAUCCACGCCGUCAGCCGCCCACUCUAGCCAAUCCGAGCAAGCAGAGCACUGACAGACUCAGCGUUCCCCCUAUCAAAACGCCAAGGGGGCGGGCACAUGGGUGAGCUGGCCUGGCGGCCAACAGCUCUUCCGCCAUCAUGGCGGCGCCCAAAGUAUGAGGCGAUGUCGGGUCGAGGCGUUUGGCUCCGGGCUCGAGCGCGGCUGCGGCGCUUCCCCGCACUGCUGGCGGGCUGCGGGGAGCAGGCAUCGGCUUACGGGCGCUGCGUGGCCGCGGCCUCCGCUGGAAGUGUGGAGCUACGGCGGGACGUCUGCCUGCGGGAGUUCCAGGCCCUGCGGGAGUGCUUCGCCCGCGCGGCGGCGGCGGCGGCCAAGUGAUUGAGGUGCCGGAGGUGACAGCGGCGACUGCAGCUGCGGUGCGGGGGGGUGGAGCUCGGGGUUGGCCGGCGUUAUGGGCCCGGCCCCGGGCUCCUUCGCCCCCACGCAGAAGCUUUUCCCCGCUCAGCAAUGCCUGUGUGGGAACCGCGGCCCGUUUAUUAAAAAAUUAAAAUCAGA